CAAGACUCAGUGUUCCCAGUCGGAGGGCUAAUCUGGAACGCCUUCAGAAAUCGGAAGCCUUGGUCGGAAGCGGUCGGUCGGAAGCCGAAAGUCGGCACUCGGGAGAACUGCAUCGUUCUCGAGCAAGGGCCAGUCCAUAUCAGGUUCUCAUCCCAGAAGACAGCAGACCUCACCACACAUUGAACACACAAAGGGCCUAAUCAUGGCAAACCUGAUCGAAUCUGGAGAAUUUCCUUCAAUAGACAGCUGUCAGGAGAGUUCUUGUGCCACACCCAGCCAAUUAGAAGCACCAGUGCCCACAUUCAGCCAAUCAGAACCACCAGUGCCCACAUUCAGUCAGUCAGAUCCAUCCAUGCCCAUGCCACCAAACGAGAGCUUCACCAGGAGCCAAACCGUGUUUUUGAUUGACCUGAUGCGGCACCACAUCUUCAACGAAGGCGAGGGUCUCCCGAAAACAUUACACGAACUGAACACACGACUUAAAUCCGCCAAGGGAAGCAAUAAACUGCUAUGGGAAGACGCAGCAGAGCAGUUGAGCAGCCAGUUCACGGAGUCUUUUCUACCUUCCAAGGUGCACAGGAAAUGGCACACUCUUCUCGAGGGAUACACAAAGGCUAGAGACAGUAUGAGAAAUAGGGGUAAGGAAACCACUCGUUUUAAGUUUUAUUCAGAGAUGGACGCGCUUUUGAAAGACGUUGACGAAGAGGAGCACGACGUGAUCUUUCCUGUUGUGGUGACACCAGACGGACGAGGGCUGCGCAUAUCUCCAUCCCAAGCCUCUCGUAGUAGCAGUGUGAAAGCGUUGGCUAAGACUGCAUACAGGACUCCAUAUGGCGCUCCUCACAGGAGGUCUACUGCAUACACGUCUCCACUCAGGACUCACUACAGCACGGCAUUUGUGCAGGCGUCCCCAGUUGUGCAAGUGAAAGAAAACGAGAGCUUCAACAAGGACCAGACGUUGUUUUUGAUUGACUUGAUGCGGCAGCUCGUCAUCACAGAGGGGGAAGGUCUCCCAAAGACCCUCGAAGAGUUGAAUGGACGACUCAAAUCUGCCAAGAAGCGGUUGUGGGAAGACGCGGCCGAACAGCUGAGCAGUCACUUCCUGGAAUACUUCAACCCUGAUGUGGUGGCCAGAAAAUGGAGCAGUCUUGUUCAAGGAUAUAAAAACGUCCGAGACCGCGAUAGAAUCACAGGGCAGAGGAACAGCAUGCGCUUCCAGUUUUACUCGGACAUAGACGAGCUUCUGGAGGUUCAACAUGACGAGGCCCCCCCUGUUGUCGUGACGACAGAGAGGCAAAGGGAACCCAAGCCUGAGGCACUAGGACCCAGCAGCAAUGAUUCAGCAGUCGCCGACAGUAAUACAACAACAGGCAGCUGUCAGGAGAACACCGAGGCCACAUUCAACCAGGAAAACACAGACGCCCCACUCAGCCAAUCAGAACCACCCAUACCCACAUUCAGCCAAUCAGAUUCACCCAUACCCACAUUCAGCCAAUCAGAACCACCCAUACCCACAUUCAAUCAAUCAGUAUCACUGGAAGUCCAUGAGAGCUUCUCCAGGGACCAAUCACUGUUCUUGAUUGACCUCAUGCGCCAGCACAUUGAGAAUCAGGGCCGCGGUCCCCCAAGAACGUUCAAAGAGUUGAACAAACGACUUUCGACUUUCAAGGGCAGUAAGCAACAGCUGUGGAAAGAUGCAGCAGAGAAGUUGAGCGUCCAUUUCAGGAAGUACUUUUGCCCUCGGAGGGUGACCAGGAAGUGGUACACUCUUGUUGAAGGAUACUCAAAGGUUAGAGAAAAUAUGAAAACUCGAGGCAAAGAUGCCACACGCUUCCAUUUUUACUCAGAGAUGGACGCCCUUCUGGUAGAGGAAGACGAGUCCUUCCCCGUGGUCAAGACCCCCGAGAGGCGAGAGGUGGUUGGGCCCGUGUUGCGAGGCCGUCGUAGCCGCGUGAGGGCAUUCAGUGACGCGGCAGACGACCCCUCACCCCCUGGCACGCCGACGCCACCGUCUCACAAGCGCAGGAGAGAAGAGGACCAACUGCUGCACUUCCUGCGAGAGGCAGAGAAGGCCACUCAGCGCCGCCACAACGAGACUCUCACGCAUCUCAAGUCUAUUCAGUCUCUGAUGACCAAGCUAUUAGACAAGCUGUAGUCUUUUGUUACGCUUCUUAUGUUAAAUGAAAAUCUGUUUGGCUUGUAGAAGUGACCUGUGAAAGUCACCACUUUCACUAUUGAUACAAGAUACCUACAAAUAUUUCCCUGAACAGCUUGUUUUGUUUUUUUUUAUUUUUUUUUUUGUUUGGCAAAUAUGCAACUAAUGUUAAUUCUGUUAACACUGAAAAUUGAUUCAUGAAAUUGAUAAAGAAUACUUAUGAGUGAGUGAAGUCAAGGCCUCCUUCUCAAUCCCUGCUUAUGGAUGGGUACCAUAGGGAUGUACAUACAGUAUGAAAUCACUCUGUCUGUGGGUCAUCAGUCAGGUUCUGAAUACAACAGAUACAAUAAUAUAUAAAAACCGAAGACAUGGUGAUCGAAAUGCUUCUGUGAAAUAUCCUAGUGUUUUGACAUCCAACGAUAUGUUAUCAGAUCCACAUAGAGUGGAAGUGCUUUAUGCAAAAGGCUUUCCUCCAAAUCAAGCUUCUGUGAAAGAUAUCAGGUGAUAUCCGGUGGCUGGGGUGUGAAAGA